UAGCAGAUAGAACAGGAGAGAGUGAGUAAAAUGGAAGUUCCAUCUGAUUGUUGUACUAAGUAAUGCUGUUUUGAAGAUUUUACUUAUGAUCCUGACAUAUAAAUGUCACGCGAAUCAUAAUUGUAAAUAAAAAAAUGUUUGUAAACGAGCUUUGUCAAGUAAAAUUUUUAUAACGGAUAAAAUAAUCGACCUUUGGAAAUUACGACGCAAUAUAAUCUGAAUAUAAACUAACCUCUUGACAUCAAGCCACCUCAAAACACGAAGGAAUUUUCUACAGCACGAAAAAGUUUACUUCUGAAAAAUAAGCUUAUCUUUGAUAAAAAAAAUCAGUGACAUAAAGAAACCAUGUCAAAACGUAAAUUUGACGAUAUGGAAAAUGCUGAUAAACAACCACUUAAGAAUUCAUUGGACUCCGAUGAAGAUGACGACGAAGUAAAUGAAGAUACCUAUAAUAUUAUGAAUGAAGAUGAAUUUGAAGGUACAGAAGAUGGACCCUCGGCACCAGAAGCAAAUGUAGGAUUUACAGCAUUUAAUAUGAAAGAAGAGUUGGAAGAAGGUCAUUUUGAUAAAGAUGGCCAUUACCUUUGGAAGAAAGAGAAGCAAGUUAGGGAUAACUGGCUGGACAAUAUUGAUUGGGUUCAGGUUAAACCUGGUUCCACCGCUAAUGUACAAAAAAGUACCAAGUCCAGCAAAAGUCAUGGAUUGGGAGAUAGCGAUAGUGACGAUGAGGGAGAUAUUAUGUUUGAUCCUAUUCCGUUGUAUAAACAAAUUUUAGAAUAUCUUAAACCUGGUGAAACUGUUUCAAAGACAUUAUGCAGACUUGGUAAACGCAAUAGAGCAUAUGUUCAAAUUAUUACAAAUAAUAAUGUUAAUUGUCCCAAUCCAGGUAAAGGGAAAAAGAAAUUGACUACAGCUGAAAGGUGGAAAAAGAAAAAGGAAUCUAAAACAGGUAAAGAAGAGGAAGAUCCAAAUUCUAUUAACAUAAUAAAGUUAACAGAGCUGGCAAAUGAAUUAUUAACACGCACUGGUAAUAUGAACAUAUAUCAAGAAAGUUAUGAACAAAUAAAAAAGAAGAUUGAACAAGCAGAUAAACAUGCACACCCUUCGAAACAAGAAGCAGAGCUAGAUAUGUAUGCUGAUGAUUUUGAUGAAAAGGAGAAGGCAAAACUAGAUGACACUGAUAAUGGAAAGACAGCGGAAACAAGCAAUGCAGAAGAAAAUACGUCUCUAGAAGAAGAUGUAACGUGGGAUUUGAAAUGGUCACAAGAUGAAAAUGCAGAGAUACAUGGACCUCAUACUAGUCAGCAAAUGCAUGUGUGGGCAAAAGAGGGUUAUUUCAAAAAGGGUGCUUGGGUCAGAAGAACCGGACAACAAAAUCAAUUUUAUAAUGCCGCUAGAGUAGAUUUUGAACUUUAUCUGUGACAUUUUUGUCUAAUACAAAAAUGUGAAUAAAUAAAUAUAAAAAUUGUCUGAAUAUCAAAUUAU